AUGGGGGCCAACUUACCCCAGGGUCCAGCUAGCCCCAAUCUCCCCUACACCCAAGAAGUUUCAACACAAAAAAACCCACUGUUACUGCAACCAGGGAAUGGGAUAAGAACAAGAAGAUUUUCCGCAAAAUCCCAGGAAACACCCAAAUCUGAGAUUUGUGUCCCCUACCAAUGUGCUGAUGGGUACUUUGGCUGGCAUUGCAAGUUUCAGUGCCAGUGUGCUACAGAUGGAGAAGUGUGUGACAAAAGAACUGGCUUCUGUCCUAGUGGCUGUGCUGGAAACAACUGGGGACCUGGAUGCCUGCUGGAUUCAUCAUGUUAUUAUGACUUGAGCGACAGUAAAAAGGAUGGGGGCUUCAAAUAUGCUGGGAAAGUAUCAGGGUAUGGCACAUUUACAUGUAAUUUGUGGACUGAUCCCAAUAAUCGUCUCAAACUAAAUGAUGAUGAUGUUCCUGAAAUGAACUUACACUUAGCAAAGAACUACUGCAGGAAUUCAAAAAGGCAUUCAAGAGUAAAACCCUGGUGUAAUAGUGAUGGUGGAUAUAUUUACUGUGGUAUACAAACAUGUGAUUGUCCUGACUACCGCUUUGAUGGCCAGAACAACUGCGACAAGGACUGUAGAUGCAGAGACAGCAAUGAGGUGUGUAAUAAGGAAACAGGUGCCUGUAUAAGUGGAUGCUCUGUGGGAUGGGGAGGAACAGGCUGCCAGGACUGUAAGUACAAGAANUUGUGA